AUGUUUCAAGAACCUAACUACAGAGAAAACUUAUCAUUGAUGUUAUCAGAGGUUUUACAUGACAUUGGUGUCAAUGAAAGAAUUGUUAUGAGAAGGAGAAGACAAUUCAUGCUGAUAGAGAAUAUGGCUAAUAUCGAGUGCAGAUUAACUGAUCUAAAUACAACUUACUAUUUCCUAGGGAGUCAAAGUGAAGGUACAACUACUAUAGGACUUCACUCAGAUCUUGAUAUACUAAGCUGUUCACAUGAUUUCAAUAUUAUACAAGACUGGUCAGAAUGGGAACAUGACGUGAACAUGAAGUUCAACUACCUCAUGAUACAGGAUGAGAACACUACUCCCGGGUAUUGUUUCUUACAACUUCUCAAAGAUGAUGAACCUCUUCCUGCAACUGUCAUUCCUAAUGAACAUCAUAUUAGUGAUAGUAGAGGAAGAAUAUUGUUUAAAAGCACAGGGAUAUAUGAUUUUCUUCAGGGUGCUCAUCAGCAACAUGGACCAUCUAUUGCUGAGCAAAACCCUGGAUUUUAUGAUUUAGACAAAUUGAUAGCUAUUCCAUUUAAAUCAUGGCCUCAAUCAGCAUCAGGUUGGUUAGAAAGACAGGGUAUUGGCAGUUGGCCAACACAAGAGAUGAGAAGAUAUGCAACCAGUACUGGGUGUUUUGUUGUUCCAACUGGAAGUAAGGUCAGCGAAUAUCCUGGAUUGGAAUGGAGAAUAUCUACAUCAUUGGCGGAACGAUGUUUUAUCUUAAAUCUAAAUAUAACACAAAUAAGGUGCUAUGUACUAUUGAAAAUGAUUCUUAAGUCCUUCCUUAAUUCUCAAGAUGAAAUAAACAUUUCAAGUUUCAUGUGUAAAACAGUUCUAUUCCAUUGUAUAGAAAACACAGAGUCAGGAAUAUGGAAAGAUAACAAUUUAUUUACAUGUUUAACAUACUGCUUAUUGGAAUUACACAAUUGUGUACAGAAUGACUGUUGUUCACAUUUUAUUGUAACGGAAAAUAAUUUGAUGGCAGGGAAAUUCACAGCUGAGACAAAACAUGAACUUUCAAAAAAUAUUUGUGAACUUAUACAGAAUGAUAGGCAAUGGUUACUAAGUAUUGAUAUUGAUGAUCUUGGCCAUAGACUUCAAGUUAAACUGAACAGGGUACCACAUGGAGUUUACUAUUUUCCUUCUUCCCUUGAAAUAUAUGAACAUGUUUUGAUGAUUGGAAAUAUAAACAUUGCAAAAGUCAUAAGUGAAGAGCAUAAGUAUGUUUUAAACCAUUUACACAAUAAAAACAUUAGAACAAUAAAUCAAUCUGUAGGUAAACUAAUGACCUUCAGUGACAAUGGUAAUAGAUUAGAACAUGCUGCAUUCAAGCUUCUAGCACCUUUUCUUUUUACCACAUAUGGAUCUAUCCUAGCAUCAUCCAGCAUUGGUGAAAAUAAUCAAGUGUCACCUCAAGCAUUGGUCUGGUUAUCAGCUGGUUUAAACUCAGAUAUCUCAUCUAGCAGACUUAAAUUGGCUUCAGUGUUUUACAGUACAGGAGAUAUGGAGAAAGCAGAACUAAUUCUGAGGCACACUGAACAACAAUAUAAUUCUUAUCCUGUUUUACCUUUCUGUUGCUGCAAUAUUUGGUUCCCAGCAGUAUCAGCAGAAUUCAAGAGGUUAUGUAAUGAACAAAGUGAGGACUGUAUCAAACAUAUUAUAGCACUUUGUGUCAGAUUUAUACAGGAAGAGAUCAACUGUGUUCCUCAUGAACUACAAUAUGAAAUGUUCAGAUCUACACAAGAUGACAUGAUACACAGAGAUAAUAAUGAAGGCUUUUGGAUGGACUGGGCUGUAGUUGAUUCUCUACCUCUCCUGUACUUCCUACAAUACAAAAUCUACCGCCAUCUACAAAGGCAUCAAGAUCAACAACAAGCACUUUCUAAACUUACAAGAACCAUAGAAACAGGUGAAAAUCUUAGACAUAGAGAAACAGCUCUUAACAUUUUAGGACAAUGUAUGGAACAAGAAAACAGGCCUCAAGUAGCAUUAAAAUGCUACAUGCUUUCUCUUCAACAAAGGGCAAAAAACAAUGCAGCAAGCAUCCAUAUUUGUAAGCUCCUUUCUGGCUUUAUGAAUAGCCAAUAAAAAGUGAUCAAGAGAAGUAAGUAUGAAGACUUUAGUUUUCAAUGAUAUC